GCGUACAUACGCGUUAAUGGUAGAGAGAGAGAGAGAGAGAGAGAGUGCAGCAGUAUGAUACAGCAGCACACGCGCACACACACACACACACACGGCACGCGCAGACGGGUUUACAGGCGCGACACCGCCGCCGUUCAGUCUGUUUCGUCGUGCACGCGAGCGACUUCAACUGGAAGUUUCACGCGGCGGCAAAAAUGGGUCGGUGCGGAGUUUAAACCGAGCGGAUUAGCACGCGAGAGAGCAAACCGGAAGCACCGAAAUCACAAACACUCGUUUUUGUUUGUUUAUUGUUAUUAUUAUUAUUGUUCUUACCGGCAGCAUGAAGUUCGCGGAGCACCUUUCAGCUCACAUCACACCGGAAUGGAGGAAGCAGUACAUCCAGUACGAGGCCUUCAAAGAGAUGCUGUAUGCAGCGCAGGAUCAGGCUCCGUCUAUAGAAGUGACGGAUGAGGACACAGUUAAGAGGUACUACGCUAAAUUUGAGGAGAAGUUCUUUCAGACAUGCGAGAAGGAACUGUCCAAGAUCAACACCUUCUACUCAGAGAAGCUAGCGGAGGCUCAGCGGCGUUUCUCCACGCUCCAGAACGAGCUGCAGUCCUCGUUGGACGCUCAGGGGGACAGCAUCAUAGGAAAGAGCAGGAAGAUGGGUCUGGCUCUGAGCAACGAGGAGAGGAACAAACACCGCAACAUCAAAGACCUGAAACUGGCCUUCAGCGAGUUCUACCUCAGCCUCAUCCUCCUGCAGAACUACCAGAACCUGAACUUCACAGGGUUCCGUAAGAUCCUGAAGAAACAUGAUAAGAUCCUGGAGACGCAGCGCGGAGCCGACUGGCGUGUCUCACACGUGGAGGUCGCGCCCUUUUACACGUGCAAAAAGAUUACACAGCUCAUCUCCGAGACUGAGACCCUGGUAACUACGGAGCUUGAGGGCGGAGACCGACAGAAAGCCAUGAAGAGACUGAGAGUCCCACCACUGGGGGCAGCUCAGCCCGCUCCUGCGUGGACGACGUUCAGAGUCGGACUCUACUGCGGAAUCUUCAUCGUCCUCACCGUCACCUUCGUCCUCAGCGGUGCGUUUUAUUUCCAUGAUAAGAACGUGUGGCCGAUGGUGCGGAUGUACCGCGGCGGCUUCCUGCUCAUCCAGUUCCUCUUCCUGUUGGGCAUCAACACGUACGGCUGGAGACAGGCUGGAGUCAAUCACGUGCUCAUAUUCGAACUGAACCCACGCAACAACCUGUCUCACCAACACCUGUUCGAGAUCGCAGGCUUCCUGGGUGUGUUAUGGUGUGUGAGUAUCUUGUUGUGUCUCUACGCCGACUCCAUCGGGCUGCCCAUGCAGGCGAGUCCUCUCAUCCUGUACGGCCUCAUGUUCCUUUUACUCAUCAACCCGUUCAAAACAGCCUACUACAAAUCCCGCUUCUGGCUCCUCAAACUGCUGUUCCGCGUGUUCACGGCGCCGUUCCACCGCGUGGAGUUCGCUGAUUUCUGGUUGGCUGAUCAGCUGAACUCUCUGGUGAUCGUGCUGAUGGAUCUGGAGUAUCUGGUGUGUUUCUACAGUGUGGAGCUGCAGUGGGGGGACAUGGAUGGCCUGCUGCCCAAUUAUUCAGAUGACAAGAAAUGCAACAAUUACUCGUACGGACUGCGUGCCAUCAUUCAGUGUCUACCCGCCUGGUUCCGAUUCGUCCAGUGUCUCCGCCGUUACCGUGACACCAAGCGGGCGUUUCCUCACCUGGUGAAUGCUGGGAAAUAUUCCACAACCUUCUUUGUGGUGGCGUUCUCCGCCCUGUACAGCACACACAAAGACCAGGAUGACGCCGACGCCGAUGCAUUCCUCUACCUGCUCAUCGUCUUCUCCACCAUCAGCUCCCUCUACACACUGAUCUGGGAUCUGAAGAUGGACUGGGGUCUGUUCGACCGCAACGCCGGGGAGCACACAUUCCUCCGGGAGGAGAUCGUCUAUCCGCAGAAGGCGUAUUAUUACUGUGCCAUCGUGGAGGACGUGAUCCUGCGUUUCUCCUGGACUCUUCAGAUCGCUCUGACCAACAUGACAAACGUCUCCUCCGCUGAUAUCGUGGCCACCGCUCUCGCCCCACUGGAGGUGUUCAGGCGUUUCGUGUGGAACUUCUUCCGUCUGGAGAACGAGCACCUGAACAACUGCGGUGAGUUCCGGGCGGUGCGGGACAUCUCCGUGGCUCCUCUGAACGCCGACGAUCAGACGCUGCUCGAGCAGAUGAUGGACCACGAGGACGGAGUCAAACACCGGCAGGGCAAGAAGCCCUGGAGGCGGAGCUACAGCCUCACACUGCGACGCCCGCUGCUGCACUCCCAGUCCAAGAAGGACACUAAGGUGCUGAUUGAGGACACAGAUGACGAAGCCUUCAGCUGAGCAGCGCGAAGACGUUACACCUCUGAAGAGCACUGCACACACACACACACACACACACACAUACACACAGACAUCAUUAGAGAGCGGGCUCAGCCUCACAAACACACACACACACACACACACACACACACACACAACAGCAGUAAUCGAGCACAAACAAUCAAGAGACCUUUCAGUACAAAGCAUUAACAAUACACACACACACACACACACACACAGGGUACUGUUAUUUUUAAUUUAUCGUUAGUUUUUAUAUUAGUCUAGUUUCUUUUUUAAGAAUUUAUCGAUCGCCUGACUGUUUACAAACUUAAUAAUAAUAAUAAUAAUAAUAAUAAUAAUCGCUACAAAUCUACAGGAAGUGACAUCAUUACAGUGAAGAACUGAAAUGCAGCAACAACAACAAACACUGAAGUGUGAACUUCAGCUCUGGACUACGCACACACACACACACACACACACACACACACACUUACAUUGAAACUGACGGCGUGUUGUAUUUCUAUUUGUGCUUUUUGUAACAGCUUUUUUCACAGAGCACUUGCAGGGAAAGUGCGCAUCGGCGCCAUGUUCACUACGCAGCGCCGCCUCACUUCCUGUUCUACUUUAUUUCAUUUUUUCCCCCUUUAUCUUUGCCUUUAUUUAUUGUUCAUAUCCUUAAGAGUCAGACGGACCCACUGAUGGUUAUUAAAAACCGGAAAAGUGACUUCUAAUGUAGAAGUGGCUGCGUCCCAAAUCGCACACUACCCUACUUGAGGCUAGCAUGAGUACUCACUCGCCCCUAUUAAACUUCACAGUUUUAGCCGAAAUGGACUUCCGGGUUGUUAUGGGGUGUUAUGUCGUGAAGCUGAUGUGAGCACACGGACUCUGCCGUAAAGCGCGGUGGUGGUAGCGCCAGCAGGACGAUUAAUAGUGCACUUAUAGGGCACUUCGGAAGCAUGAGAUUUGAAAAGCACACCAACAGAACCGGUGUUAAAACGCUUUACUGACAUUCAUCAUGGUGAACUCUUAGCAAGACGCCCGUUAGGUCGAGGGCGGAGUCAAUCUUUCUGAUGUGAGCUAGUCCGGAUUGUACCAAUUGCGUGAUUCAUGGCGAUAGAGUUAUUCCGAUGACGUGCGUUUCGCACGCCGUGAUCCCGUGAAAGCGUGACCUUAUUGAGGGGGUGGAGUAUUUUCGAUGAUGUGUGAUGCGAUGCAGAGCGAUUGUGGGAGGAGCCUUCACUCAAACGAUGUGAUCUAUAAAGGCGGAACCUUCCAGGUGACACGGUUUAAGGAGGCGGAGAUUGAUCAAUGAGAUACGGGUUAAGGGGGUGGGGCAUCAAAAUGGGCGGGGCCUUCUUUUCAGAUGAUUUGAUCAAUAAAGGUGGAGCCUUUCAGAUUACGCUGGUUGAUGAGGCGGAGCUUUAUAAGUGAGAUGUAGAACCACUGUGGGCGUGUCCUUCUUUUCAGAUGAUGUGAUCAAUAAAGGUGGAGCCUUUCAGAUGACAAGCGUCAAGGGGUGGAAGUGCAGCGUUCUUGUGGGCGGAACCAGAUGAUUUGGGUAUGACACGAGUGCUUUGGAGGUGGAGCCGCUAUAUAGGGGCGGAGACUCUAGUUACAGUUAAAAGGUAAAACCUACAAGGUACGCAUCCAGUGCUUAUACAAACACUGCACAGACCGCUAAUGUUCACCAUUUAGCACACCAGUGUGUGGUUUGGGACGAGGCCACUAAUUACCUUCAUUAGAUUUAUUAGAAUUAACUUCAUUAUUUUUUAUUAUUUCGAACAACCAUGAGCUACAAAACGUGGUGACGUUAUGAUAGGUUGUCUUUUAUUUUUCAACACACACACACACACACACUCAAACACACACACCCACACACACACACACACACACACACACUAUAAGAAUGACGACAAUGAUGUCUGGAUGGAGAAUACGAGUGUGUGGACACUGCUCUGGGAUUCGCUGCUUUUCACACACACACACACACACACACACACACACACACACACGCGGAUGUCAGGAGGAGCGUGUGUUUCAUUACUCCAUCCCGCUCGUCCAUGUUAUCCAGCUGUCCUACUGUUAGCACUCAUGCUAACGGUGUCAUGGUUACUGUUAAAAGUUUUGCAAUUUGUGAGCACAAUCUCUCCCUCUCUCUCCCUCUCUCUCCCUCUCCCUCUCUCUCUCUGUCCCUUUCAUUCCUUCUUUCUAUAUAUCACCGUUUCUGUCUCUGGAAGUGAUGUGUCAUUCACAAAAGAGUCAGCUCUCAACGUUCACUUAAAAGAGCCGAUUCGUGAAUCUUUUGUGAAUCUUUUUUUGUUUGUUUUUCAUAGAUCCAAGCCAUUGCAGUGUAAUUUGUUGAUUUCAUCAUCAUCAUCAUCAUCAUUAUUAUUAUUAUUAUUAUUAUUUGAAAACAAAAAAAAACCCUCAACGAAACGAUAGUAAGAACGAAUCCUUCGACGAGCCAUCCGAGAGCCGAAAAGAGUCGACUCUUAUUUGUGAGCUGAGCCAAAUGAUUUGAUUCACUGAAAAAGAGUCGCCUGUGUCGUUCUGUUUCUCUUUAAAUUUCUCUCUGUUUCUUGUGUUCGUACACGUAAACAAUGUCAGUCUAUCGAGGACGAACAGUCAGUGUGUGAAAAAACAGGGAUUAUGGGGGGAAAACAGAUGUUUAUGGAUGUUUUAGAAGAACGUUUUGUGCUAUUUUUCUUCACAAGUCUAAAAAUGAAUCGUGUCAUAAAUGAUCCACUGAAACCGACCACCAAAGAGCUUCUCUGUUGCCACAUACAUACCUGCAAACAUUUACACUUCACACACACACACACACACACACAUGCUAAUUCUGUUGUCGUUGUGCCAGUGGUUGUCUCGCCUGCAUGCUACUUGGAUGUUUCCCUGUAAAUAGAUUUAACUUAUUUUCUAUAGGAAUGAUGGGUAAUUUAUUGUCUCGGUAUUUAUGGAUAGAGCAGUAUUAUGCUUAGCGACGGGACUCUGUCUCGUGCGUGACGCUCUCAUGACUGUGGAAACGUUGACUCCUUCCAUUCCACGUGCCAAUUCAUUACUUGGGUCCUUGUUUUGCCGAAGGAAAGAGAUCCCUGGGUCGCCAAAGAAAUGUAUUCAAUUUGAUUCCCCAGUUUCAAACUUGAUACCAUUAGCUCCUCUAAUGUUAGCUAACUAGCGAGCAUGGCUCUUGUGGUAAGAACGGAACUUGUAAAUUUGUGUGUUUGGUGUUGGGAUGGCGCACACACACACGAUGUUCAGCGUUUCAGUCAUUAAAUUGACUAAGAAGCCAUUAAAUGAAGCUAAUAACGCAGUUGGAAAUAUAGCUGCUGGGGAUAAACUAGCUCACGAUCGAGGCUAACAAUUUAGCUAAGUAGUACAGACAAUGACGAACCCGAAUAACCUUGGAAGCGAACCAUCGGGAACGUCCGCAUGUCCCUCAGACGUGUUGAUGAAUGAUGAACACACCCCAAUUUUAAAGUAGCAUGUCUACGCAAUAUAACAUUUAGCCUGAUGCUAGCUAGCUAGUUAGCGAAUCCUGGUUUUAACUACACAAUAGUUCACUUUUUUAAUGAAUUUGGCUAGCUACUAGCUAACUCUAGCUACAGCUGAAGGAGUGAAAUAAUGUUACGUUUUAUUAAUUUGCUAAAUACGGUAUCGCGGAUUGAGAAUGUAAAUAUCGGCACACGUCUUCAUAGAUUCAUGUUUUGGUCACAUGGUGAAGGACGGCGUGAUGAAUAUUCAUGAGUGUCCAGCGUCCGCUCACUCAGCGUCGUUAACCUCUCAACGUGAGGGUGGUUUUUUUACAUUACAUUUUUAUACACUUACGGGCUCUGACAUCGUGUGUGUUCUCACGGGGGGUGGGGGGGGGGGUGGGGGGGUGUUUCUGUGCACGCUAGACCCACGAUGUUCCGUGCUUGUUGAUAUUUCUGCAUCUUUUCUAUCUCGAUGUUGUGUCCGUUUCUUACUUUCCGACUGUGACGAUGAUGUUCGUUAGCUAAUCGAUGGAUAAUAUUAAUAAUAGAUAGAUAAAUAAAGCGUUGUGUGUUCGACGGAGAAGAAAAACGCGUCCUGCGGAGUCGUGUGUUAAUGUGGAGUGAACUAUGAUGCUCGUAUACGAUGCUCUUGUUUCUAUUUCUGUACAACACUUUGGUGAUGAUGUCAUAACUUGGUUUUAUAAACCACGCCUAUUUUUAAAACCUG